AUGAAGGAAACAGUCGGAGAAGCAUGUCGCUUGGAAGACAUCAUAACGAAUAUAUACAGGCUAGAAAGAGUGAGCCAGAUCAACUAUCAGCAAUACGUCCCCAGCAAAACAGAUAACCAAUGGUCCAUUCAAGCAGAAUUGUACUUAAGAAGAAAGAACCCUCGAGUAUUAGCAGCUUUAUUUUCCAGAGAGUUAUGGUGUUUCAGUAUUAACGAUGAUCCUUUGCCUGAAUUGGACUUUAAAGUUGGGAAUGAGUCGGAUGUACCACAGCCUGAAAGAAAGGGUCACUUUACGCCAGAGUUCUCGAAGCCAAACCUACCAACACCUUAUGCUAUUUUCAUGAAGGCUCUACGACGCACAGUCUACGUGAACUUAACGCUUUCAUCAAAUAAGGGCAUUAUUCCCUUUGGAAAUUCAUGCAUAUUUCAAGAAGAUUAUACCUCAGCAACCAAGCUACUUCAUUUUGACCCACAUCUCUUCGAAAAUGGGGAUCUAACUGUGGCAAUAUGCUCUAAAGACUUGGGCCUUGCAAAGUUGAAGCCAGAAACUCUUAGUACGGAUUCCGCAGUGUACUUGGCGCCUUCUGGUAUAAGAGUUUAUCUACCGUCCUGUGAUCUCAAAAAGUGUUAUGUACCUCCUCCGAAGAAUGCAACAAUGUUUCUAAAGACUCUUUAUAUUUCGCACGGAAUUAACUUAACAAAUGAAGAAGAUUUAAAAUGGGUUAAACUGAUACCAAAUGCAAGUCAUUUGAAUGGAUUUACGCCUACCAUCUCACAUUAUCUAGACCAACCAAAAGGCACAAACUAUGUUGUCUGGCCCGCUAGUCUGUGUUUUGUGCAAAAAGCUUCAGAUUCAAAGUCUUCCCCAUACUCUUUAGUCUCAAAUUCUCCAAAAUUUGAACUAGAUGAUUGUUUCGAUAUGGUCGAUGGUUUCAUUCAAUUAAAACUCACUUCAGCAUAUAGAACACCAGGAGCUUCUGCAGGCAUGGGCACUGUUACAGGGCAUAAUCCAAUGAGUACUGGUGGGGUAUUUACUGACCAAUUUCAGGGUUUUAAUAAACACUCUGAAAAUGUGGGAAAUAAUGUCCCUUCGACAGGAGACAACAGCAAAGGUUCACCAGAUUUGUCAAACGAUCCAAACAAAACACCAGGAAAGGAAAUGAAAAGCCAAAGACAACCGUUUUCUGCUGAUGGUUACGGAAGUGCCGGGUUUAUUACUACGCCUAUUAUUAACGAGAAUAUCACUCCUACCGUGGAUGAUUUAAUUAUGGAAACCCCUUCCGUAAAACCACAGAAUGAUCUUUGGAAUGAGAAAAAGGAUAUAGUAAAUGUAAACACUAGCCAAGAAUCGAGAGAUCCCUAUCCUCCAAGUGCUAAUGCUGCUAAAGUGGAGGAAAAUAAUGAAACGUUACACAACCCAAAUUAUGGUAAUCAAAAUACCGAUGAUGUGGAACUACCGCCAGACAAUGAUGACUUUGAUAAAGACUUAUUCGGAGAAGAUAGCGAUGAAGAUGUCAGCGAAAAAAGUAAUAAUGAAAGCCUCGCUUCAGUAAAAGAGAUUACAGACGAAAUGUUCGAUAUGGCUGAUAAUGACAUGGAUGUGGAGGUUUCUUCCACAUUCUCGGCAACAUCAGAGAAUCAACAUCCCUCCAUAGAUUCUUCAGAAACCACCGACAAGAAAACGAGAACUAAACGCACAUAUUUAGACAUCCCAGUUGAUGAUAUUACUAUAGAAACGACACCAAGUCUAUAUGAAGACCCCGGUGCCCCUCUACCCAUUGAAACUCCAAAGGAUAGAAAGAAAAGCAUAUAUGCUCCAUUAAACUUCAACCCAAUAUUUGAAAGUAAUGUCGAUAACAAGUAUAAGAAUGGUGGUAAGUUUUCCUUCAAUCCAAACUCGAAUGACGAGCCGCUUCAAUUUGGCAUUAGUACAAGUAAUGUUUCGAGUUCCGAAGACGAAGACAGCGAUUUUAGUCCAUCCGAAAAUAAUAAUGGAUUUUCAGCUUCAAGAAUUUUACCAUAUGAUUCCAGGGAUAAUGAAAUACCGAUUCUUGAACCACCUUCCUAUGAACCUUUGUCAAAGGAUACUUUACCUGAUUUAAUUAACCCGCCAUCUGCUUCUAAGGAUGAAUCAGUGGUAUCUUCUUACAAUAUGAUGGGUCCGGUACUGGAUAAGUCAAUGAAAUCAAAUUUGGAAGCUAUUUGGAAACCGUCCUCGUUAAAUAAAGUGGAGAAACCUCAGUUAUCCAACGUUCAAAAUAACGAAAACAAUAUUGAAGAAAACUCCCCAAUAACAUCGAAUCCUACAGUUUUCUACGAAGGCACCCCAUUUCCGCGCCAAGAUUCACCAUAUUCAAAUUUAAAGCAAAAGAACAUUUCGAGCAAUACUGUACCCUCCGGAGACGUCGAGCAAAAAGCCGAUCAAAUAUUACAAAAUUCAGAACAGGAUCAUACGGAAUCAUCAAGAAUUUUGCCUUACCUUUUAAGACACAUGCCAUUAUUCUCGUUACCAGAUAUUUUCUUAUCACAAAAUCCGACCUUACCGUCUGGCAAAGAUCUUGACGACGUACUUGAUAUUCUAACAGACCAGAUAGUGUUCAACAAUAGGUUAUUCUUUGAUGAUCAUAAGGAUGAUUUUAAAUAUAAAGGCAUCAAAGAAUGUUCUGGUGGAAUUAUUAGUGACACUAUGAAAUCCCUGUUUUCUAAUUUCUCAAAACUUCAUGGGAACGAAAUCAUCGAAGAGAUUUUCUAUAUGCCUGAACCGUCAGUUUUUGUUAAAAAGGCUGAUAAUACGAUAAAAAUUAGAAGUUCUUCGAGUUAUUUUUCGGAGUACUUAAGUCUAAAGCCUAACCGUGGUGUUAAAAACUUUAGAGCAUUGGUAUUAACAACAGAAGCAAAAAAUGACUGUAUGUCGUUUGUUUCACAAAUGUCCCAAACUUACUCAAAUCAUGAAUUAGGCUUUUGUGAGUUAACCAAGCUAACAAACGAGGAUGAUAAGGGACUCGUUUAUUUGAAGAACUUUAACCAAGACACACUUUUACUUCUUUCUGCCCAAAUAGUUUCUUUCUGCUCCACUACACUGUCGAAUGUUAAAAAUGUGCCUUUACUUAUAUUCUUACCUAUUAAUAAACUUUCUUUAUCCGAGUGCAUAUCGAUGAUUCUAAAGUUCCAUGUCAUUAGAAAAGAAGUUAAAUCGAAGUUGCCCAAAGCAGAUAUUUUAUUGAAUUUAGUUGAUUUUGAUUUCCUAAAGAAUCCAUUAACUCCGUCUGGUGCUUACACUUCCUUGUGCAUGUCAAUAUACAACUGCCUACCACCUAAAGGUACCAAAGUAACUACUCUCACAAAUGACCUUCCAAAAGAUAUCAAGUUUAGAACCCUUAACAAUACAUCAUUGUCCAUUCAUUAUGACAACUACAUUCACUUAGCGUAUCUAAGAAGUAUUGAUCGUGAAUGGUUGAGUGCUGCAUGGUCAGAUACUGAGGGUGUAGAAAGUUUCGUAAGAACAUGGUACGUUGGUAAUUCUAGAACCCGUUUUGAAGAAGUGUGUAAUGAAAUGUGGAAAAUUACUCUUCAGUUAGCCUCUAAAAAAUUUGGAAAUGUUUGUUUGGUGCUAACUCGUCUAGACAGUGUACUACCAGAUGAUGAAUUAAUCCAUUGGAGACGGCUAUCAGUUGCAACUAAAGAUCUUCAUCUUGCUGUCGUGUGUGUAGGAGAUAACACCAAAUUAUCUUUAUUUGAUGAAGACAAAACAUAUCCUACUUUUAAGAAUUUAUUCAGGUCCAAUGGAAAUAACGACCUUGAAACUACAGGAAAUAUCGACAAUUAUGAAAUUGUUAAUAUUGAUGAGGAAGUACAUGGUGUCAUGUUCAGCAACCCUCUACAACUUGCAAAUUCUCAGCAUAGAUGUGCCAUAAAGAGCGGUGCCCUAAUUCGUUUUGCAAAGAGCGAGGGCGAUAGUUUCAUUGAUAAAUUUGAGGUCAACCUUCUAAACUGCCCUCACGCCGAUAGCUCAACUCUUUUGAAAGAGAUUUUGAAGCAGUAUAGAAACUUAGCAGGACUUAAUUCAUGGUUUGGUGUAUCUCGCGGUAAAGAUAACUACAUUCCAUGGCACGUUGUCGCUGUAAAGAAUGUCAUGGAUUCAAUUGUUCACGUCAAAAGCUCAUUUGAGAAGGAAACCUAUAUAAUCGAUUGA